AUGACGGCCGCCGUGGAUUACACAGAAUUCAGCUACGCCAAUUCGGAACAUCCACCACUGAAGAGGUGGACGAUCAGGGCAAUCGAGGGCUUGUCCGGCCGCGGCAAGCUCCUCGACGUCUACGAAGUGUGGAAGCACACAAUGGUUGGCACUUCGGACUACAUCUGGAGUGACCUGCUCGGUCUGAUCAAUCUGAACGUUUCUGUCGAAAACGGCGAAUGGCCGCCAAGAAACCUUCCGGAUGGACCGCUUGUCCUGAUUGCAAAUCAUCCCUAUGGAAUUGGUGAUGGACUGGCCAUUCUGUCACUGGCCGAACAGCUUGACCGUCCGUUCAAGAUCCUGAUCAACAACGAAUUGCUCAAGGUUCCGGAAGUCCGCCCCUUUUCUCUGCCGGUUGAUUUCGAGGAGACCAAACAGGCCCUCAAGACAAACAUGCAGACCCGGAAAGAGGCAUUGCGGCUGCUUGAAGAAGGCACGACCAUUAUCGUUUUCCCGGGCGGGGGUGUUGCAACUGCCGCAAAGCCCUUCGGGCGCGCAGAAGAAUUGCCCUGGAAGACGUUCACGGCAAAGAUGAUACGGUCUUCCAGGGCGACCGUGUUGCCGCUCUACUUUGACGGCCAGAAUUCAUGGCUGUUUCACUUGGUCAGCAGGUAUUCGCUGACGCUUCGCCUGGCGCUGCUCGUGCGUGAAUUCAGGCGCAUUCUCGGAUCCGUAAUGACGGCGCGGGCGGGGGAAGCAAUUCCGUUCGAGACACUCGGCGGAUUCAAGGACCAGAAGGAAAUCAUGGAUUUCCUGCAGACCAAGGUCAUGGAAAUGGCGCCGUCGCGAACCGCAAAACGCCUUCUCGGGCGCCGCCUAUGA